AUGGCUAGUUCAGUCUCUGGUGACACAGAAGCACAGAGUUCUGGGGAUCCAAGCAACAAGCAUGGUGGCUGGAUCACUUUUCCUUUCAUGAUGGCUACGAUGUUAGGUCUGUACAUAACUUCUUUCGGAUGGGUAAUGAACUUGAUCGUCUUCUUGAUCGAGGAAUUCAACAUCAAGAACAUUGCUGCUACUCAGAUUUCUAAUAUUGUCAAUGGUUGCAUCGGCAUGUUGCCGGUUGUUGCGGCCAUUUUAGCUGAUUCUUUCUUUGGUAACAUUCCCGUUAUCUCCGCCUCUGCUUUCAUUUCCCUAACUGGAAUCCUUCUAUUAACUCUGAUCGCUUCUUUGGACUACUUGAGACCCCGACCGUGUGAAAGGGGUUCAAUCCUAUGUGAGUCUCCGUCAAAACUUCAGCUCGGCAUCUUGUACACAGCCUUAGCUCUAGCGACCACUGGAACAGGUGGAACGCGAUUCAGCUUGGCAUCAGCGGGCGCAAACCAAUAUGAGAAGCCUAAAGAUAAAGGAAGCUUCUUCAACUGGUACUUCCUUGCACUAUAUGCCGGAGCGAUUACUGGCGCUACGGCAAUUGUAUACACACAGGACAAUGCUAGCUGGAAACUUGGGUUUGGCAUCUGCGCUGUUGCUAAUUUGGUCAGUUUCAUUGUGUUCGUCUCCGGGAAGAGACUCUACAAGCAUGACAAACCCAUGGGAAGUCCCUUCACAAGUCUGAUCCGCGUCGUAGUUGCUGCUACUGUGAAAAGAAAGGCUGUGAUUUCAAACAAAGAAGAAGACUAUCACUGUGGGCUCCCAAAACCAACCAAGACUUCUGCUGCAAUGCCCUCUAAGAGCUUCAGGUUCUUGAAUCGUGCAGCGUUGAAGACCGAUGAUGACUUAAAUCAGAAAGACGGCUCAGUUUGGAGGCUCUGCACUGUUCAGGAAGUAGAAGAUUUGAAAGCCAUUCUCCGAGUUCUUCCUCUGUGGCUAGCCAUAAUCUUUGUUAGUACUCCCAUGGUGAUGCAAACAAGCUUGAUGGUACUCCAAGCUUUAGUCACAGACCGUGGGAUCGGCCCUCACUUCAAGGUCCCAGCCGGGUCUCUGCAAGUCAUAGUACUCAUUUCCGCAAGCAUCGUUAUCAUGAUGAACAAUUGGCUUGUCUAUCCAAUGUACAAGAAGCUAACACAUAAGCCGCUGACACCGCUUCAAAAAGUCGGUGUAGGCCAGGUUCUCACCAUCCUAAGCAUGGCAAUCUCUGCGGUUGUGGAAGCAAAGAGGCUGAAAACAGUCGAAACUGAGCAUCUCAUGUCAGUGCUAUGGCUGUUUCCUCCUCUCGUGAUAUUAGGAAUAGGAGAGGCGUUCCAGUUUCCGGCGAAUAUUGAAUUAUUCUAUGGAGAAUUCCCCGAGUCUCUGAGGAACACUGCGACUUCAUUGACCUCAGUGGUGAUUGGAAUCUCUUUCUAUGUGGGCACAGCUCUGACUGAUCUGAUCCAGAGGACCACCGAGUGGUUACCAGAUGACAUUAACCACGGAAGAGUUGAUCAUGUUUACUGGGUUUUAGUCAUUGGAGGAGUCGUCAAUUUAGGCUAUUUCCUUGUCUGCUCUUGGUUUUACAGAUACAGAAACCUCCAAGGUGAUAAUGAACAAGAUCCUAAAGAUGUUUCAACCUAA